GUCACCAAGCCAGUUUGGAAAUUCCAAGCUCUAUUGACACACACAGAUAUAGAUCUAAAUGUGCUCAACAAAUUAUUCCUGAAAAUCGUAUGUACGUGAAUGCGUUCUUAACUUGCGAAAUUGCGAAAUAAAAAAAAAAUUAAGCCCAAGGCCAUUUAUUGACUAACGCGACAACAUUCAAGAUUGACGCCACCUGCCGACUUAUCUGCCGUAACUAACACCUGAGGCGACAUUUAUUACUGAGGGACCCAACGUCACAUCGCUGAGGCUUCGGUCUGAGAGCAUUUCUUUCUUGUGAAGGACGUGAUGAUUGUAAUGAAGCGAUACGAUUCAACCCAUCUCUAUUAUAAAAGACUUAUUCACUCGCUGAGGGGUAAAUAAAACACCAAGAGGCUCAUCGACUUGUUUAUUUUGCAGGAUUCAACAGUUCCUUACCGCAUUAGCCAUUAGUCUAACAUGGCGAGCUUAGAGCUACGGACAUUUUGUCAAGAUUUUGAAAUGAAAGACUUCAUAGCACAAGGAACCUUUGCUAAAGUGUUCAAAUGCACGGAGCGAAAGACAGGUGAAUGUUUUGCAGUGAAGGAAUUUCAAACUGAAGAGGCUAAUUUUGACAGAGAGGUUAUAAACAACGAAGUGGACAUUUGGAGGACUUUGCAGCAUCGCAACAUUGUCUCAUUAUACAAACGCUUUUACGGAAACGGCCACAUUUGGGUGGUGUUAGAACUCGUAAACGGAAAAACGCUUUUGGACGAAAUUGUAAAUAAGAUUGUUUUCUCUGAAGAAGAAACACGAGGGAUGAUGGAACAGCUCAUUGAAAGCCUCAAGUAUCUUCACCGGAAAAGGAUUGUUCAUCGAGACAUUAAGGCAGAUAAUAUCCUUCUAGAAAAGAAGGAUGGCAAACUCGUCGUAAAACUUACAGAUUUUGGACUUGCGCGGCGACUUCCGGACGAUUGUGACGUCAUCAAAUGUACAGCGGAGGGCACGCCUCUCUAUCUUGCGCCGGAAACAAUCUUAGCGGACCCUAUCGGUCCAGCGGUUGACAUAUGGGCAUGCGGAGUAAUUCUGUUUUUAUUACUCGUGGGAUAUCCUCCAUUUUGGCACAGCGAUGAUAGGAAACUGAUGUUACUUAUUGUGGAGGGAUGUUACAGCUUGCCUGCGCGCUACUGGGACCGAGUGUCGGAUGACGCAAAAGAUCUCGUGAAACGAAUGUUGGUGGUUUAUCCUCACAAGCGAGUAACUGCUUUCAAGGCAUUGAACCAUCCGUGGAUCUCAGACUUUGAAGAAAAUGUGGACGAGGGUAUCGAAACUUUUGCAAGGAAUCUCGUUUCAAGAUAACACAUUUCUAAACAAUUUGUAAUUUUUCAUUAUAGCGUUCUUUUCCAUUUCAGUCGUUGAAUCCAUAUCAUGCAGUGUUGUUAUCCAAAUUUCGCCCGCAAGACUUGGUUGGGAAGACAGUAAGGCUGCCUUACUUUUUAAUUAAGUGUGUAAAUAGGGGAAUGAAAUUUUCAUUAAAACACAUUUUAAGAU